UUUCCGACUAUUAAAUCCAUCGACGUUUUCGGCGUUUUCCCUUCAUUUCACGCCCUAAAAAGCUCUCGAGAGACGAAUCGCUCUCAUCUUCUUCUAGAACGUUCUUUUUCUACGCAUCGUCGCCUUCAGGUCGCUACCACUCGUGUCAAUGGAGUUCUGGGGUGUUGAAGUUAAAAGUGGCUCGUCACUUUCGGUGGAUCCUGGAAGUGACAUUGUGCACAUCUCACUGGCUGCUCUGGGCGAGAAGAAGAACAAUGGAAACGAGCCAGUCCGGCUUUACCUGAAAUGUGGAGAUCAAAAGCUAAUCAUUGGGACGCUAUCACAUGAGAAGAUUCCUCAGCUGAGCACGGAGAUUGUGUUGGAAAAGCGUUUUGAGCUGUCUCAUAGUUGGAAGGAUGGGAGUGUUUUCUUCUCUGGCUACACUGUUGACGCAUCUGAUCCUGAGGCUGAUGAUAUGACCGACGAUGUGCUUGCGGCUGCUACAGAGCCAGCUGUUGCGAAAUCAGGUGCAAAACAGGUGAAUUUUCAGCUGCCUAAUGAAGAUGUCAAGGCUAACGAAGAUGAAGAAGAUAGUGAUGAAGAAUCUGAAGAUGAUUCAGAUGAUGAUGCUUCUUCUGAAGACAAUGGAGAUGAAGAGGAAAAGAAGGUUAGUGCUGAAGUUGACUCAUCAGACGAUGAUGACGAUGACUCAUCAGACGAUGAUGAAGAUGACUCAUCAGACCAUGACACAUCAGAGAAGGCUGAAGAAUCCAAGAAGAGGUCUGCAGAAGCCAACACCUCAAAGACUCCUUCGAGCAAGAAGGCUAAAUUCGUGACUCCACAGAAAACAGAGACGAAGAAACCGCACGUCCACAUUGCAACUCCGCAUCCAUCAAAACAGGCAGGGAAGAACUCUGGAAGCAAUGGAGAGUCGUCGAAGCAGCAGCAGACACCGAAAUCUGCAGGUGCGUUUGGGUGCAAGUCGUGCAACAGAACUUUUACCUCGGAGAUGGGAUUGCAGUCUCACACAAAGGCCAAACACAGUGCUGCUGCUUGAAAUCAGAUGAAGAAAGAAGAAAGAAGAGACUCUCCGUUAUCCUCUUUAGACUUUUGAUGUCUUUUGGUUUUGGAAACUAUAAUUUGCGAGUGAACCAGUUUAGUUGUCUCUCUUUUUUUCCAGGCGUUUAAUCCUUGUUUUUCUUAAUCUCCAUGGGUAGAUGAAACUUUGCUAAACCUUUUGUGUUUAGUUCUAAUAUGGAUAUAUGGAUAUUAUUCUAUCAAGUCUUUUGGAGGCCUUUCUAGUGAAAACCUCAUUUGAGAUUCUU